UUUUUGCAUGCUUUAGUUUUUUACGUAGUUAUAAAUAUUUCUUUUGAUAUUGUUGAAUAUUUUUUGAAAAUAUUUUAUUAUGUCAACUUUAGGUUCUAUUCGUAAUAUUAACGAUAAUAUUACUCACGCUAAGUUGAGAGUUGUUAAAAUUUUGCAUUAUAUUUGUUUUACCACUGAAGGUGAACCUCGAAAAACUAGAAAAGCUUUGCGUGCUUUUCCUGGUUUUCGGCUUGACGACACUUCCGAACAAUUUUUGAGUAAAUGUAACGAUGUAAGUGAAAAAUUUGAUCUUCCUGAUUUAAUUGCGAUAUGCCAAAUUCUUGAUUUGAAUUAUAAAAAUGAGAAGCAUGAUGUGGUUGUUCGCGUUUGUUCCUUUUUGAAUACCUUCAUUAACGACGACGAAACUGAAAAUGACGAAGAGGAGAAUGACGUAUCAGAUAUAGACGAAGACGACGAAAGACGAAAGGAAGAAAAAAGACAACUGGAAGACGAAAAAAGACGAAUGCAAGAAGAAAAACGACGAUUGGAAGACGAAAGACGGGAAAAUGAUGAAAGACGAGAAAAAGAGAAACGACGAUUGGAAGAAGGAAGACGAAAAGACGAUGAAAGACGCGCAAAAGACGAUGAAAGACUUGAAGAAGAAGAAAGAAGAAGACGUGAGAGAAGAAACGACGAGGAUAGACGAAGACGCGAAGGGCGAAAUUAUGACGAAGGGCGACAAAUAUGUGAUGAAAGACGUAGAUAUGAACGAAGUAAUGACGAAGAAAGACGAAGAUACGAAGACAGACGAUAUGACGAAGAUAUUCACGUACAUGAAGAAAUUGGAGAAAGAAGCUAUAGCGCAAGCAAUAACGCUGAAAUGAGAUCCGCGAAUAAUGGAGCGACUGGUACAAGACGACAGGAAUCAUUUGCAUUAAGUUUUAGAGAUGUGGAAGACAGCAUAAGAUCAUUUAAUGGAAAAGAUGAAUAUCCUAUUCGCACGUGGAUUAUCGAGUUUGAAGAAGUAGCUGAGAUAACAGGAUGGAACGACUUACAGAAAUUAAUCUACGCAAAAAAAUGUUUAAAUGGACUUGCCAAACUGUUUGUGCAGUCAGAAAAAGGCAUCAGAAGUUGGCCUGAUUUGAAGAGAUGUUUAAUCGAAGAAUUCGGAGUACAUGUAAAUAGUGCACAGAUACAUAAGAUGUUGAUGACGAGACGAAAAAAAUAUGAUGAGACUGUACAAGAAUACAUGAUUAAAAUGAGAGAAAUAGCUAAUAGAGCUUACUUAGAACAAGAAGUUGUUAUAGAAUACAUAAUUGAUGGAAUACAAGACGAAUCAUCCAAUAAACUAGUGUUAUAUGGAGCAAAAGAUUUUGCAGACUUUAAGGAGAAAAUUAAACUGUAUGAGAGGAUACACGGUAGGGAAACUACUGGACAAGUCAAGGCUUUAGAGCAAAUAAAGAAGGAUCUAAGAAAAACGAGGACAUCGUUAAAAAUGAAAAAAGAGAGAAGAAUGACAGGAAAAGAGAGAACAACAUUACUUGUUUUAAUUGUGGAAAUAGAGGUGUCACAGAUCUAAGGACUGUCCAGAUAAGUCCAAGGGAACGAAGUGUUUUAGCUGCAACAAAUAUGGCCACGUUUCAAGUAAAUGUCCCAAUAAAAAAUCGACGAAGGCUGCUACAGAAAACACAGCUUUGAAUGUAAUUGAGGUUCAGCCGAAAACAGCGCUUAAACUUACAAUUAAUCAGAUCACACUAACAGCUUUAUUUGACACCGGAAGUGAUAUAUGUACGAUAAGAGAAGAUGUGUAUGACAAAUUCUUUAAUGAUAUUUGUUUAACACCUGACAUCAUAAUGUUGAAAGGCUUAGGAGAAAAUGCGAAAGUUAAUACAUUAGGAUCAUUCUCGACACAAGCUGACGUUAAC